AUGACCGAGGUGCAGACCCCAGUAGCUCUGCCUGAACCCGAUCAGAGCUCGGAACAAGCUGCGAGACCGAUCUAUACCUUCAACUUCAGCAAUUUCCUACGACGCGAAUACCGCUUUGGGCUCGAUCCCGAGCGGCCAGCAUGCAAAGCAUACAUACAGGGACACUGUCCAGAGGGUAAUCGGUGUCCAAAUAAGCAUCAUGUGUCGUCAUCGUACAACAACCUAGUCUGCAAGCAUUGGUUACGAGGCCUUUGUAAGAAGGGCGAUACAUGCGAGUUUUUACACGAGUAUAACCUACGACGAAUGCCCGAAUGCUCUUACUACGCCCGCACUCAGACAUGCUCGAACGGUGACGACUGCCUAUACCUCCACAUCGAUCCGGAAGCCAAGCGGCCAUCAUGCCCCCACUACGACCGCGGCUUUUGCCCUCUCGGACCACACUGUGCGCUAAAACACAACAAGAAAGACAAGUUGUGCCCCUUCUACUUAUGUGGAUUCUGUCCGGAGGGCAAGGGUUGUAAAUAUGGGGCACACCCUAGAUUCCCUACCGAUCUGAAGAAGCCCGAGGUACGCAUAGAAAAGAGCCCAGAAGAGCUUGAGGCGGAACGCGCCGAGCGAGAACGCGAGAUGUUGAGGAGGGAAGAAGAAGAGCGCGAACGAGACGAAAGAAACGGACACCAGGGUGGCGGACGCGGCUUCAGAGGUAACUGGGGUGAUCGCAAGAAGCGAGGAGGAAGGAGAGGAAGGGGACGGGGAGGUUACUGA